UCGCGCGCCACGCCAAACAGGCUCUGCACGCUCCUGCGCUCCGAUUUGAUGCUCUCUGAGAUUCUGAAAAUACACGAGGGAGAAAGACUAGUCCCAAGGCAUGAAUACAAUAUUUAAUAAACUACAUGUCCACUCUAAGCGUCCGUCUUGCUGUACCUAUUGACCAUCGAUAGUUGUGUGCUCAAGUUUACCGAGAUCCAAAGUUGUCAGGCAGCGUUCAUUGAACGCAUGCGCAUUGCAUCCACUAUCCAGCUCAAAAUAAGAGUUAAAACAGAAACGAGGAGGAGGGGAGCAGGGAGAGAUGACUGACACCCCGCCCAGCGAUGGCCCCUCCCAGGGGGCAGAGUUUGACAUGAUGGGCGCUCUGGACUGGCAGGACGGCAUCGCCACACUGCCCGGCAGCGACAUCAAGUUCCGUAUGACAGAGUUUGGAACUUUGGAGAUCGUGACAGAGCCAGAGGUCAAAGACGCAGGGCCAACCCCCCAGAACCCCGCCCAGUCGAAAAGCCCCACCCCUCCACCAGAAGCCCAAUCGGAGAGCAGCGCAGCCUCUUCUGCAGCCAAGGAAGUCCAGCCACUUGCACCUAAGGCUCAAGGCCCUGUGCUUCUGUCUUUAGAGGAGGGUCCCACUGUGGAGGAGCCCAGGGCGGAGGCGGCGGGCCCCAGGGCGGAGGCGGCGGGCCCCAGGGCGGAGGCGGCGGGCCCCAGGGCUGCGAUGGCUAGCUGUAGGUCGUGUGGGGGCUCCGGUCCACUGGAGAGUUUCCUCCAGGGCAAAUACUGCAGCUCCAUUUGUGUCCAGCCCUCCAGUGGCAGGUCAUCUCCCAGAGAGCAGAGGGAGAGAGAGGGGUGGGAGGGGGGACUGGGGAAACGAGUGAGGAAGAAGAGGAAGAUCUACAUGGACUCUGGUGAUGAAGAGGAAGAUAACCAGGAGGAGGAAGAGGACAAGGCCAAGGCUGUCAAAGGGAGGAGAGCUGCUAAGCUGGCCAAGCUAGUGACAGCCCCACCCAAUAAGAAGCGACCCUGGAGCUGGCCCUCCUACAUGGAGGAGGAGAAGGCUAUAGCUGCCCCCCUUAAACUGUUCAAGGAGCACCAGUCGUUCCCUCAGAGCAGGAAUGCCUUCAAAGUGGGGAUGAAGUUAGAAGGACUGGACCCCUGUCACCCCUCUCUGUUCUGUGUGCUCAGUGUUGCUGAGGUCCAGGGUUAUAGGGUAAGGCUUCAUUUCGACGGGUAUCCAGAGUGCUAUGACUUCUGGGUAAAUGCUGACACCUGGGAUGUGAAGCCGGCGGGCUGGUGUGAGAAGAUGGGGCACAAGCUGCUACUGCCUAAAGGUUGUAAGGAUGGGGAGUUCAACUGGAACAUGUAUGUGAAGAACUGCAGAGGUCAGCUGGCCCCCAAACACCUCUUCAAGAGCCUCAACACGUCGGUGACUCCGUCGGGGUUCCGUGCGGGUAUGAAGCUGGAGGCGGUGGAUAAGAAGAACCCAUAUCUGAUCUGCGUAGCGUCCAUCGCGGCUGCUGUUGACAACAGACUCCUCAUACACUUUGACAACUGGGACGACACCUAUGACUACUGGUGUGAUGCCAGCAGUCCCUACAUCCACCCUGUAGGUUACUGUGAGGAGGCUGAGCUGACCCUCACCACCCCUGCUGAGUAUAAGCACCCGAGGAGUUUUUCCUGGGAUAAAUACAUGGAGGAGACUGGGACACAGGCAGCCCCUGCACGUGCCUUCAAACUGCGUCCGUGCCAUGGGUUCCAGGCUGGAAUGAAGCUGGAAGCCGUCGAUAAGAGGAACCCCAUGCUCAUCCGCGUAGCAACCAUCGCCGAGGUGGAGGACCACCGACUGAGGAUCCAUUUUGAUGGCUGGAGUGAGGAGUAUGACUACUGGGUGGAUGCUGACUGCCCAGACCUGCACCCUGUGGGCUGGUGUCAGAAGACUAGUCAUCCCCUACAACACCCCUCCAAUGGCUCCACUGAUAUGCUGGUCCUCCCAGGGCAGGGCUGUCCUACCCCAGGAUGCAAUGGGGUUGGUCACAUCCGAGGACCCCGCUACGGAACCCACUACACGGGGGUGAGCUGUCCGUACUCGGAGAUGAACCUGAACAGGGAGGGCCAGGUACCAGACCGUCUGAGUGGAGAACGACCUAUUACCCUGAGUGGGCCUCAUCACCGUGGGCGACGCCCAGACCCUCCUUCACAUACCCAGACAAACAGCCCCACCACACCAGAGCAGCCCGAGCCUGCAGACGACUCCCCUCAGACCAGUGUAACUAGGGGGCCGACGGUUGACGAGGGCGAACGAUUCAGGUGCAGCAGUCAGAGUGAGCCACCAGGGGGCUCCACUGAGCCCAUCAACGAAGGAGCCAAGGCCAAGAGGUCUGCUCCAGUCCCAAAGUAUCUGAAGCUGCACGUCGUCAAGCAGGAGAGUGGAGAUGGGAAAGACUCCCUGUCUCUCCAGCAGGCGCUCCAUGAGUCAGUGUUCUCCCCGGGUGGCUCCUCCUCUCCCCCUCACAGGGUGGCUCUGUGCUGGGACAAACACUGCCAGCUGCUCCCUGAGGUCCUGGGCCUCACAGCUAAGAGAGUUGCAACCUGGACUGCCGACGAGGUGGCCAGUUUUGUCAAAGGGCUCCCAGGCUGCAAAGAGCAUGCUGCCACCUUCAGGACAGAGCAAAUGGAUGGAGAGGCCUUCCUGCUUCUCACCCAAGCAGACAUAGUCAAGAUCCUGUCAAUCAAACUAGGCCCCGCCCUCAAGAUAUACAACGCCAUACUCAUGCUGAAGAACGCUGAUGAGGAGUGAGACGCCCCCUCACGCUUCAUUUCCUCCCACACCCGACCGCUGUAUCAGAAUAGUCUAG